UAUUAAUUUAUGGUUUAUAAAAUCAGAAAUAAGUCAUUCUUCUGGACUAGAGCUGGAUGGAAAAAUAAUUGGCAUCCUAAGAAUUUUAAUGCUCCUAGACCAUCAAGCUCAGAAUUCACCAUUGGUAUUAGAUGUCGUUAUGAUCAUAAUUCAUUUUUGAGAGGCAAUGAAAUAAAUUUUAUUUAUUAGCUUAUCAUUCAUAUAGAAAGAUUUCAAGACAUUGUAAAUAGUACUUCUUUGGUAAUAAAGAAUUGGAGGAAUUAUUUUAAAUGGGUUUAAGAACAUUUUUCAUUGUACCACACAUUGCUGAAUGUUAAGUGAC